CCCAAAUGCUCCACUCUGGGAUUCAUCUCACGUACACGGCCUUGCGUUCCCUCUUAGAGCCGCUGCUCAAGUUCGACCAUGUCCCGCUUCACAUUCUAUCCUACGCACCCAUAUUCCAGUCCUUGACUGGCCACAACCUCUCGAAACUAGGCCAACAAAUCCAUGCCCACAUGACCCUUCGUGGGCUCGAACCCAACGCCUUCCUUGCCGCCAAGAUGGUAGCCAUGUAUGGGAGUUCUGGCGAUCUUUACUCGGCCAUGACUGUAUUUGAUAAAAUUAAUUAUCCUACUGUGAUUUUGUAUAAUUCUAUUAUUCGAGCUUGUGCUCGAUAUGGGUAUUAUGAAAGAGCCAUUGGGAUUUAUUUUAGAAUGCACUCUUUAGGACUUAAGGGUGAUCAUUUUACGUUCCCUAAUGUGCUCAAGUCUUGUGCGGACUUGUCGAGUGUUUGGAUGGGAAAGUGUGUUCAUGGGCAGAGUUUGAGAAUUGGAUUCGAGUUUGAUAUGUACGUUGGAACUUCGUUGAUAGAUAUGUAUGUUAAAUGCGGCGAUUCAACGGAUGCUCGUAAAUUGUUUGAUAAGAUGACCGUGAGAGAUAUUUCGUCUUGGAAUGCUUUGAUUGCCGGUUACAUGAAAGGUGGGGAAAUCUCUGUUGCUGAGGACUUGUUUAGGACGAUGCCAUGUAGGAAUAUUAUUUCCUGGACUGCCAUGAUAUCAGGGUACAAUCAGAAUGGGCUGGCUGAUCAGGCAUUUUGUGUGUUCGAGGAGAUGUUGAAAAAAGACUCCGACGUAAAGCCUAACUGGGUAACGAUAAUGAGUGUGCUUCCUGCCUGCGCACAUUCUGCUGCCCUUGAGCGUGGCAGACGGAUUCAUGAUUUUGCUAGUAGGAUUGGUUUGAACUCAAAUGUCUGCGUACAGACAGCACUUAUUGCAAUGUAUGCUAAAUGUGGAAGCCUUGUUGAUGCUUGUCGUUGUUUUGAUGGGAUACCUCAAAGUGAAAGGAAUUUGGUUUCUUGGAAUACUAUGAUAACUGCUUACGCCUCCCAUGGAUGUGGAAUGGAAUGUCUAUGGACUUUUGAGGACAUGAUCAGAGCAGGCAUUCGACCUGAUACCAUCACAUUUACAGGGUUGUUUUCUGGAUGCAGCCAUUCGGGUCUUGUUGAUGUUGGCUUAAAGUACUUUAAUUGUAUGAACACAGUAUACUCCGUCAAACCAAGAGUUGAACAUUAUGCUUGCAUUGUUGAUCUUUUGGGUCGCGCCGGGCGAUUGGUGGAAGCCAAAGAGCUUAUUGAUCGGAUGCCAAUCCAAGCCGGACCAAGUAUAUGGGGUGCAUUGUUGGCUGCUUGUAGGAGCCACCACAAUUUGGAAAUUGCAGAAAUUGCAGCUAGAAUGUUGUUCGUAUUAGAACCAGAAAAUAGUGGGAAUUAUGUACUGCUUUCAAAUAUGUAUGCUGAAGCUGGCUUGUGGAAAGAGGUGGACAAUUUGAGAGCUCUUCUAAAAUGUCAAGGCAUGAAGAAAAGUCCUGGAUGCAGUUGGGUUGAGGUUAAUGGGAAAGCCCAUUUGUUUAUCGGCGGAGACACAUCUCACCCUCAAGCAAAGGAAAUUUAUAUGUUGUUGGAUAUGUUGUUGGAAGCAUUGCCUGAGAAGACAAAGGCAGCUGGUUAGAUACCUGAUACUAGUUUUGUUAUGCAUGAUGUUAGCGAAGAGGAGGAAUAUAACCUUACUACCCACAGUGAAAAGCUAGCCAUUGCUUUUGGUCUUCUCAACACUAGUAGUCCAGGAGAAUUGACAGAAAACCUUAGAACUUGUGGAGGUUGUCACUCGGCUACUAAGUUUCUAUCAAAAAUACAUGGACGAGAGAUUAUUGUAAGGGAUUUAAAUCGAUUCCAUCAUUUUAAAGGUGGUUCCUGCUCCUGUGGAGAUUAUUGGUGAUUAGCAUGUCAGGGUGCGAGCCAAGUCCUGAGCUUCAUGUGCGUUUCGGUUUUAUACUUCGACGUGGAUGUCCAACUUCAGUCCCAUUAUAUUGUUAAAGGGGCACAAAUUUUACACCACCAUUACAUCAUCUGUCUACGAUACCAUCAUUUUUCUAUUAUUUUUUAUUGGACGUUGAUACGU